UUGGUAUUUUUCAGGUACCGCAAAUACUGUGAAUACAAUAAACACCAUCUAUAUUUCGGAUAGAAGCGCCUAGCAAUGUAAGAUAAGAGCAAAUGUUAGAUAUAACCAGUACUAUUUAUCCCCUUAACCUAAAGCUCAUAUUCCUUCAGUUUCAAAGGAAAAGAGGGUGAUAUCGUUACUGUAUGAAAAUGAAAGUAGUCGGCGGUGUUUUCGAGAUACCUUGUGUGUAAUCUUUCAAUUUUACGCUCUUUUGCCAUUACCGUUGUACGGUACCAGGCAAAAAUCUGCCCUGUUACCAGCCCAAUACAUCAAGGUCUAUCACCCCAGAGCUUUUUUUUUUCCUUAACCAACAUUUAUUAUUCUUCGUCGUGUCUUCCCCCUCUGAGAUCAACCACCUACACCAUCCCAUCUUCCUCACUUCGCUCCCAUCCUCAUUAUCUUUGAUCCCUUGCUACCAGUGCGGUGCAAAGUAAAACCUUCUGUUGAGAUACCCUUUGUUCCUGUUCUCAAGAAUUACCUCCCUUCAUCACAUCUAUUUAGCCGAAUCCACACCAAUUCACCACACCACGCUCCUCCUUGUAACCGUUCAUUCAAGCCGUAUGAGAUUUCGCCCCUCUGAAAAUUAAAGAAGCAGGUCGAUAACAAACGGCUUGUUUGCCUCAAUACCUGACUACAUCCCUCAUCUUCCUCUCCUCCGUUUUCCCUUUUCCCCAAUUUGAAAAGCAUAUUUUUGGACUUGCGCCAACAUGGUGAAGGAAACCAAGUACUAUGAUAUCCUAGGGGUGUCCCCCAACGCUACUGAUGCGGAACUGAAAACCGCCUAUAAGAAGGGUGCUUUGAAACAUCAUCCUGACAAGAAUGCCCAUAAUCCCGAAGCUGCAGAGAAAUUCAAGGAUCUCUCUCACGCCUAUGAAAUUCUCUCAGAUUCCCAGAAACGGCAGAUAUACGACCAGUAUGGCGAAGAAGGCUUGGAGCAAGGCGGUGCCGGAGGUGGAAUGCAGGCGGAAGACCUCUUCGCCCAGUUCUUUGGUGGAAGCGCCUUUGGUGGUAUGUUUGGUGGUGGAAUGAGAGACACGGGCCCCAAGAAGGCGCGCACCAUUGUCCAUCCCCUCAAAGUCUCUCUGGAGGAUAUCUACCGAGGCAAGAUCUCAAAGUUGGCUUUGAAGAAAUCCGUUAUUUGUCCGGGAUGCGAUGGAAUUGGCGGCAAGCCAGGAUCUGUCAAGCAGUGUGGUCCCUGCGGUGGUACGGGUAAACGGACCAUGAUGCGCCAGAUGGGGCCUAUGAUUCAGCGAUUCGUUGUGGAGUGUUCGGACUGCGACAGGACGGGACAGGUCAUCAACGAACGUGAUCGUUGCAAGAAGUGCAAAGGCAACAAAGUCAUUAUUGAAAGAAAAGUCCUACAUGUGCAUAUCGACCGGGGUGUUAAGCCAGGGCACAAGAUUGAUUUCCGUGGUGAAGGUGACCAGGCGCCAGGCGUUAUAACGGGUGAUGUUCAGUUCGAAAUAGACCAGCAACCACAUCCAAGAUUCCAGCGCAAAGAUGACGACCUCUUCUACCAGGCUGAUAUUGAUCUCUUAACUGCUCUCGCUGGCGGCACAAUCAAUGUCGAACAUCUGGACGACCGAUGGCUGACAGUACAAAUCGCUCCCGGCGAACCAAUCACGCCUGGGCAAAUCAAAGUUAUCAAGGGCCAGGGAAUGCCCUCCUUCCGCCACCACGAUUUCGGCAACUUAUACAUCCAAUUCAACGUCAAGUUCCCCGAAAAGGAAGAUAUUCGUAACGUAGAACUUCUCGAGCAGGUGCUGCCGCCCCGUCCCCUACAACCGCAGCCCCCUGCGGACUCGAUGGUGGAAGAUUUCAACCUAGAGGAUGUUGAGGAUAGUGGCCGGGCGAGAGCGCAUGGAGCUGUACACAUGGGUGAUGAAGACGAUGAUGAUAUUCCUCCCGGUGCUGAGCGGAUGCAGUGCGCGUCUCAAUAGAAGUUUUCUUCCCGACAUUUUGCGGGAGAGUUUGGAGUUUGUGGGAGGCUUGCAUUUUUUUAGGAGGGCUUUCCAGUAAUGCAAAAGGGGAGUCGAGCGGACUUAGCGUCAGAAAAAGGGAAACCAUUUCUUCUGCUCCUUUUAUUUUCCUGGUUCCCACCCUUUUCAUCUGGCUGGUUUAAUACUUAUCAUCCCACGCCCGCUUCCCAUCCAAUGAUUUUCCCUCAUCCUCUUCCUUUUUUACCAUGUUUUGCUACAAGAGCUGGUUAGGGCUGUUUUUAUCCAAUCUCUUAAUCGUCUCUUUCUCUCCCGUUAUUUAUACUUCAUCCCUCUGUCUUCCGAAGCACCUCCGAUUAGUUUCAUGCUCUUUUCUAUGUCUGUUCUUCUAUUCAUAACUUUUUUCUAUAUUUCCUUUCCUAUUGCUAUCAUCAUCAUCAUCACAUAACGUCCACCGCACUGCACGUGGGGAGAGGCUUUUUUAUCCUUUCUUUUUUCCCUUUUUUCCCUUUUUUUGCAAAUUUUUUUAUUUAUAUAACUGGUUUAACGAUGGAUUGAAAUGAAAUGGAUGGAUUAGACGAUUUUUUCGAUUUUUUUUUUAAUUUCAUUUCACUUACCUUUUUAUUCUCAUAACUUUUUAUCCGUCUUCCUGUUCUUAAAAAAAAUCCUUGCCCUCCGUUCAGCCGUUAUUCACCCCAAAAUCAGCAAGCAGCAGCAGUGAGAAAACUUACAAUUGCUCAAAAUGACGAAAAAGUUCCGCUCCGUUUCUUAUUCUUUGCCUAUCCUUAUUCUAAAACAAUACAACAAACAAUAAACAAGAGAAGAACAAAGGAGCUAACCGGAGCAAAUAUUCUUGCACCAAAUGGCGGAUUGGAUUGUGCAAAGUACUCUCCUCUCUAAUAUCUUAAUCCCCCCCUCAUCUCCUCUCCUCCUUCAACACCUCCCUUCCACCAAACCAAUAUUUAAUAAUAAAUCCAGGUUUAAGAAGGCCAAAGUGUCUCCCACCUGCGUUGGUCUAGCCCUUUAACAUUUCAUGUCACUUCAUGAUUACCCCGCGCGCCCCCGGGUCAUCUUCAUUUGUUCGUUCGUGCUCGGUGCCUUAUAUAUGUAGGUGGUGUGUGAGAGAGAGAGUGUGAGUGUGCUUCAUCGAAUAUUUUUUUUUAGCUGUUAGUUUCCUUCCAGUCCAAUUUUGUUAUCAUCUUCGUAAUAUAGAAUAGAUAUAUACAUAUGGCGGCCAUUUCCAGAUUUCUUUCUUUCUUUCAUUCUUUCAUUUUCCCUUCCGCCCCUGUUCCUAUGUGUCCAGAACCUCGAGAGAGAUGGAUGAAUGAAUGAUCGGGCACAGCAUGGCGUACAGAGGCACGAUGGACAGUGCAUGGUAGCAUCGUAUGAGAUUGACUCACAUCAAGAUCUUAGGGAACAAAUAGAGGGAUAUAUAUAUGUAAAUAUAGUUUUUCACUUGGCAUGGGAGCCUAGAAGAGAGAAAAAUUAAAGGAAUGGGAGACAGAAGUUAAUGUAAAACAAGGGGGUUGAUAUAUACCUAGGUAUAACUAUAUAUUGAUUUCCAAUGCUAGGAUUGUAUUGUGAAGAGCAAAAUUAAUAUGGAUGUAAAAUAUGUAUGCCCGACUAUAAAACUGGAGUCUAGAGUUCUACCGGCUGUCAUUCAAACCAAUGAAAGCCAUAUGAUACGGGCGGGAGUUUUACUUCUUUUGAUCCAUAUGAGUACUUUAAGUAUCCAGGUCAGGCUACUACUACAUGGACCACCACCACCACCACUGCCAGUAGUGCUUUUUACAAAAAGAGAAAUAGAGCAAAUGAAAAUAGAAGCAGGAGAAGCGCCGUUUCUAUCUUUCUCCGCGGCCAGCUCGGAAUCCGGCAGGGGAAGGGCCCUUGGAAGGGUUCUAGAAAGGGGAAAAAAGCGUUGGAUUCCCUUCACAACCUGUUGUGUAAUGAUACGAUAAAUAACUACACAUGCUGCUCUCUUUUACCGCGUACAGAGAGAAUUGUGAACUGCACUCGACUGGUGGUGUACAAUGUCGCCUCUUUUACCCUAUCCGUUCCUCUUCUUCUUCCUUACAUAUCUGAUCGUUCCUUCGUUUCUUCUCCUUCCUCUUUUUUCUUCAUUCCUCCCUUCUACUCGCCGGCAUGGCGGGUGGGGAUCUAAGCUGCUACUGCGACAUGUAUAUAUAUAUAUAUAUAAGUGUUUGUCUGUACAUGUACAUGUAUGACAGUGCGUAGAAAAUGUGAUCUAGAUCCCCUCUUUUCAACCCGGGUUUUUGAUCGAGGGUUUCAUCGGGUAAUGUGUGGUGAGGUGAGGGUGAGGGGGAUUUUGAGGGAAGGCUUGGAUGUCGUAUAAAGGGGGCGGGGGAGAGAGGGGAGAGAGCAGAAGGUUGCGCAAAUUGAAAUUUGACGUGGAUCUUGAACGCACAUAGAUAAAGAGAGAGGGGGAGAGGAGGUGAAGAGGGGAAUGAGGAGGAGUGAGGGGAUGAUGGGUUGGUGGUUCUGUCCGGAUGGGCCCUGGGGGGGUGGUGGUGGUGGUUCAGAUACGAUCGAUUAGGAAUUUACAAACAGAGAAACCAUGAUACGACAGAUGGCCUGGUUCCUUUUGAGGGAUAUCUGUAGGGCAGAAGGGAGUAUGACAGACUAUGGUUGGAUAGUGAGAGGAGAGAAGCUAUGUGGUGGGAAUGCUAGAGUUUAGAACACUUUUUACUUAAGAUUUAGAUACAUGGAAG